CCCCCCACUCUAGUCGGACUCCUGAACUAUGUCUCCGCUCUUGUUCCUUUUCCUUUGUCCCGGUAACAAUGUGACCCGCUCCGCCUUCCUGGUCCCAGACUCCACCCCAGAGCCUGUGUGGGGCGGGGGGACGGGCCAGGCCAGCGGGCGCUGUAUUGGGGGAGCCAGAGCACACCCCGGGAGAGGCGGAUAGACCGGGCCGUCGCCGCGGACGAUCGAUCUUUGCGCCCGGAGCCCGCUGGCUUCCUGUGGGUGCCUGGGGUGGCCAGCGACCGAGGGGCAGAGGCAUUUCCCACGCCUGGACCGGCCGGGACCCUGCCCGAGAGACGCCCCCAGGCGUCUUCCAGCCGGGGAACUUCUCCAGCCGAGGCAUUUCCUCCUCGCUCUACCGUGGCUUGGGACAGAGCUCGGGCCGGGCCAGCUGGAGGGAGCGGGGUCUGGGCAGGGCAGGGCGCGGGAAGCCGGGGCCUCUGGGUGCUUGGAGAUCGCCGGGGCCGUAGCUAGAUCGGAGUGGAGGACCCUGCAGGCAGAGGGGCACUUCUGUGGCCCUGGGGGGAUAGGCUGUAGGGGUUGAUCCUGGUCCCUGUGGGAGGGCAGAGUGUAAGGGGUUAUCCUAGCCCCUGUGAAGGGGUGCAGACUGUAGGGGUUAUCCUGGUCCCUGGUGGGGGGGAACAGGCGGUAAGGGGGUGAUCCUAGCCCCUGGGGGUGGGGGGCAGGGUGUAGACGAUGUUCCUGGUCCCUGUGGAAGCGGCAGGGUGUAGGGGGCUAUCCUAGCCCCUGUGGAGAGGGGCAGACUGUAGGGGUAAUCCUGGUCCCUGUGGUGGGAACAGGUGGUAGAGGGUGAUCCUAGCCCCUGGCGGGGGCGGGCUGUAGAGGAUGAUCCUGGUCCCUGUGGAAGGGGCAGGGUGUAGGGGGCUAUCCUAGCCCCUGUGGAGGGGGGCAGUCUGUAGGGGAUUAUCCUGGUCCCUGUGGGGAGGUGGGCUGUAGAGGGUGAACCUGGUCCCUGUUGGGGAGAGCAGGCUGUAGGGGGUGAUCCCACCCCUUGUGAGGGGGAAUAGAUCGGAGAGAACAAGUCUGUGCCCCCCCAGAGAGGGAGGGGGAGAAUAGACUGACAGGGAUGAUCAUGCCCCCUGACAGGCGGAAUAGAUUGUAACUGGGAUGAUCCUGCCCCAGCAAGGGGGGGAUUAAACUGUAAGGGUCAAUCCUGGUUCCCAAAUGGAAGGGGACUCCUGUAAGUGUGCGGGUUUCCCAGCCCUAUAACUAUCCUGCUCCUGUGAGACCCCUAUGAGCUGGACCCCCAGGCUGGCCUUGCAGCACUUCUCUGGGAAGAUGCCCGUGCCGUGAAGGGCCACAUUUGGGCAGGGUCUCACUAGAGGCUGCCCCCAGCCUCUGUCCCAGGAUGGAGCCACUGAAGAACCUGCUGCGGAAGGGCGCAUGGGCGCCGGAGCGGAGUGGCGGGGCGGCCUACACCAACCCAAUGUGGACAGCGCUCUUCGACUACGAGGCGGCAAGCAGCGAUGAGCUCAGCCUGCGCCAGGGGGACCGUGUGGAGGUGCUGUCAUGGGAUGCCACCGUGUCUGGUGAUGAGGGCUGGUGGGCAGGCCGAGUGCGGAGCCAGGUGGGCAUCUUCCCCUCUAGCUACGUCUCCUUGCAGCCAGUUGGCUAUGGCGAGGCUCCAGUUCACGCUGACUUCCGGGAGCUGCGGCUGGAGGAGGUGAUUGGAGUGGGGGGCUUUGGCAAGGUGUACCGUGGCAGCUGGAAGGGCGAGCUGGUGGCGGUGAAGGCAGCGCGCCAGGACCCGGAUGAGGACAUCAGUGCCACAGCAGAGAGCGUGCGCCAGGAGGCCCGGCUCUUCGCUAUGCUGCGCCACCCCAACAUCAUUACCCUCAAGGCCGUCUGCCUGCAGGAGCCCAACCUGUGCCUGGUGAUGGAGUACGCUGCUGGGGGCCCACUCAGCCGUGCCCUGGCUGGGCGCAGGAUCCCUCCCCAUGUGCUGGUGGACUGGGCGGUGCAGAUUGCCAGGGGUAUGCAGUACCUGCACUGCGGGGCCAUCGUACCUGUCAUCCACCGCGACCUCAAGUCCAACAACAUCCUGCUGUCCCAGCGCAUUGAAGAGGAGGACAUGAACGGGAAGACGCUGAAGAUCACAGACUUCGGGCUGGCGCGAGAGUGGCACCGCACCACCAAGAUGAGUGCAGCUGGCACCUACGCCUGGAUGGCACCUGAGGUCAUCAAGGCCUCCACCUUCUCCAAGGGCAGCGACGUCUGGAGCUAUGGUGUGCUGCUGUGGGAACUGCUGACUGGGGAGGUCCCGUACCGCGGCAUCGACGGGCUGGCUGUGGCCUAUGGCGUUGCUGUCAACAAGCUGACACUGCCUAUCCCCUCCACCUGCCCCCAGCCCUUCGCCCAGCUCAUGGCAGAGUGUUGGGACCAGGACCCCCAUGGGCGGCCCAGCUUCGACUCCAUCCUGGCCCAGCUGACGGCACUGGAGGCCCAGGUGCUGGAGGAGAUGCCCCAGGACUCCUUCCACUCCAUGCAGGAUGACUGGAAGCUGGAGAUCCAGGGCAUGUUUGAUGAGCUCCGAGCCAAGGAAAAGGAGCUGCUGAGCCGGGAGGAGGAGCUGCAGCGGGCGGCGCUGGAGCAGAAGUCCCAUGAGGAGUUCCUGCGGCAGCGGGAGCACCAGCUGGCCCAGUGGGAGCUGGAGGUGUUUGAGCGGGAGCUCACACUGCUCAUCCAGCAGAUGAACAAGGAGCCCCCCAAUGUGAAGCGCAGGAAGGGCACUUUCAAGAGGAACAAACUCAAGGGACGGGACAGCGAGAGGAUCAGCAUGCCCCUUGAUUUCAAACACCGCAUCACAGUGCAGGCCUCCCCCGGGCUGGACAAGAGGAAGAACGUCUUCGAGGUGGGGGCUGGAGGCUCCCCGACCUUCCCACGCUUAAGAGCCAUCCAGCUGGAGCCUGCCGAGAGCAGCCAGAGCUGGGGCAGACAGGCACCACGCCGCACAGAUGAGGCCUGGAAUGGGGACCGCCGCCCUGGCAAGAACUGGGGUCCCGGAUCUCCCAAGCCCUGGGAGGGCAGCACCCAAAAUGGCAGAAGGAGGUCCCGGCCGGAGGAGACAACUUGGUACGUUGGGCCGGAGGAGCCCAAUCCUAUGGAGCCGGCCCCACCCCAGCCUGCCCUGAACGGUGAUGUCCCCUCUCUAGGCCCCAACGGGAGCCAGGAGUCCGAGGAGCAGCGGGCACCGGCUCCGGAGCGUAUCAGCACCCCCAAACUCAUCCAGAGAGCACUGCUGAGGGGCACAGCGCUGCUGGCCUCCCUUGGGCUGGGCCGGGACCUGUCACAGGCCCGACGGGAGGAGAAGGGGGAGCCCCCACCCGUGCCCACCCCGCCACCUUCUCCUGAGCUCAUCUGCUUCUCCCCCAAGGACACACACUGCCCUGCCCUGCUGGUGGAGCUGGACCAGGGUGGGCCGGCCCGGAUGCCAGGGUCCACGGAGCAGGGCCAGGAGGGGCCGGCCCGGACGCCAGGGUCCACGGAGCAGGGCCAGGAGGGGCCGGCCCGGACGCCAGGGUCCAUGGAGCAGGGCCAGGAGGGGCCGGCCCAGACACCGGGGUCCACGGAGCUGCUCAUCCAUCUGCUCCCAGGUGGCGAUAGAGGGUCCCUGACCCCCUUGUGGGGUCAGAGGUCACCAAAGAGCCCACAAUGUGAGGAGGAGUGGAGUCCUGGCAGCAGGGCGGAGAAUUGGGGUGGGGCCCUCCCAUCACCCUCGUCCCCCUGCAGCCCCCACUCACCACGCCCCUCCCCACACACCAGCCUCAUCUCCCGGCCCCGCCCCUCCCCUGUGCGCAGCCGCAUCGACCCCUGGAGUUUUGUGUCAGCUGGGCCCCGUGCCUCCCCAGCCCAGUCCCCCCAGCCAGAGCCGCGCCGGUGUCGGGCGGGGACCCCCGACUCCAGCAACCCCUUCAUGACCUCCGACCCCUUCUUCCACCCCUCACUGGGACCUUUUGACUCGGAGACCUUCGACCCUUUUGCCUCAGCGCCCAGAUUGACCGGUCUCUCCUGCUGCCUGGACCAUGGCCAGCUCAGUCCUUACCCCUCGCCCCCUCCAUGCCAUUCCUCUGGCUUUCCUGCCCCUCUGGAGCAGACCAAAGAGACCCACCCGCUGCCAUGGUGGGUGGUUAGAUCCCCACAGGAGGACAGCAGAGUCCCAAAGUGAAAUGGGCGAUACAGGAAGUCCUGGCCUCUUUGGACAGUUGCACACAGGAAGUCGUAAAAUGAAAGUGGGCGAUACUGGAAGUCCCACCCUCCUCAGACUUUGCAUGGAGGAAGUCCCGCCCUCUUCGGACAAUUGCACACUGGAAGUCCUGCCCUCCUCAAGUUCUGGGCACAGGAAAUCCCAUCUUGCAUGGAUAAUUGUACCAGAUACAAGGCUCAGGUUGGGGUGGUCUCUGUGUUGGAUGUUUGGGGAGUGAGGGGAGCAGGGGGGAGUUUUCACUAUACACUGGAAAGGUGGGUGAGUUCUGGGGAGCUCCUGUGGGGUAACUGUGGCACCUCCCCCUGCCUUAAAGAAGAGACUAAAAGUGACUUGAACAGCCUCUGAGCCUGGUGCCAUGUUACACGUGGCAUGAGGUUGUCAGGUCUCUGCCAAACUCUCACCCUGGUCCUCAGAACCACUGCAUAGGUAGUGAUCACUGUUUGGGAGUGAGGGGCACUGGCAGAUCUGGGGGAGCCCAGGGCUGGGAUAGAAGGAGUGAGGGGCACUGGCUCAGCCCAUCUGUUUCAUGAACACUAAUAGUGGGCCCUCUCUGUUCCCAGCGUGGGGUUCUGGUGUCUGGGUUGGGGACCAGACACCCCUCCCACAAGGUAGCAGCCCCUUUUGCUGAUAGCAGGGGGUGUCUUGGGGAUAUCUCUGGGGGAGGGACACUGGGAGGGGUCGAUACGGCAUCACCCCCCCCUUGCUACAUUCCCAAGCACGGACUGGCUGCAGGUGAGUGUGCGCCUUUGUGUGUAAGUGUUGGUAUGCGUGCAAGGCUGGGAGUUCUGUGUACUCAGGCAAGUGUGCAAAGCAUCCUGGGGUGCAUGUGUAUGCAGCUGCCCCAGUGCCUUUGUGCUGGUAUCUGUGGGCGCGUGCGAAGCCGGAGGUGUGGGAGCACGUGUGAGGGCUGGCCUGGGCGGGGCUGUACCCAUACGUGAAGCUGGGCACGCUCACCCAUGCAUGGGCUGGAAACAGGUGUGCUUGGGAGCAGCUGUACCUUCACCUGUACGUCCAGCAUGGGAGUCUGUUGCUUCCCUCCCCCAUCUGUGGGGUCCUCGUUCACUCUGUCCCUUCCUCCUGCUGUGAGUUCCUGCCCUGGGGGUCGGGGGGCAGGCCAUGUCAAUGCCCCCUGUAACUGCACCAAAACCCCAGGCUGGGGAGCAGCUGAAUCUAGGGCUGCCUGUGGAUUGAGACCAAAUAAACUCCCAGCUGCCUCCA